AAUCCACAACUUCUUUCUUAGAUUCAAAAUCUAUUCUUCUACUUCUCCUACUCCUGCAAACAAAAGAAGCCACUAUCUUAAUUAGCUUAUUUUGUGUUCUACUUAUUUUGUAUUUCUUCCAAGGCAGGAAAAAGGAGAAAAUGAGCAGACCAGGAGACUGGAAUUGCAGGUCAUGCCAGCACUUGAACUUCCAAAGAAGAGAGUCAUGCCAAAGAUGUGGAGAGCCACGUCACGGUCAUGACUUUGGAAGCUGCUUUGGGGGAAGAGGAGGCGGCGGCUCCUCCGCUUUCGGCUUCAGUACCGGGCCUGACGUAAGACCCGGCGACUGGUACUGCGCCGUAGGAAAUUGUGGCGCACACAACUUUGCCAGCCGCUCGAGCUGCUUCAAGUGCGGUGCUUUUAAGGAUGAGUCCUCUGGUGGUGGCGGUGGCGGUGGCGGUGGCGGCUUUGACGCUGAACAUAUGAUGUCGUCCCGCCCGAGAGGCUUUGGCUUCGGUAGUGCUAGUGGCGGCAGCCGUUCUGGAUGGAAGUCCGGUGACUGGAUUUGCACCAGGUUAGGGUGCAAUGAGCACAACUUUGCCAGCAGGAUGGAGUGUUUCAGAUGCAAUGCACCUAGGGACAUAGCUGGUAACAAGUCCUCAUAUUAAUUCAUCAUUGAUUCUCCAUUUUUGGGUGUUGCAGUCUAAGAGAGAAUCAAGCUAGAAAGACGUGGAGAAGAUGAUAAGUAUCUCGGAAGAAGAAGAAGAAGAUCUCUUUUUGCCCUAUCAAAUCCUACCUACUCUCUUUUUUAUUUAUUUUUUCACUUUUGAUAUUUUGAUAUUUAUAUUAUUCACUUGUAGGAAUCUUUAGAUGAAUUAUGAUCUCAAAGAAAAAGGGAAAAAAAAAUCAUAUCGAUCGAGUGUAGCUGAAUCUUUAUUUCGCGAGCUAAUUAGGUAUUAAAUGUAGUCUUGUACUUCCUGCUGCUUUGUUUCAAUCUAUUUAGUAUCAACGUGUGUUAUUGAGAAA